CACCAUCAUAAUGUUCAAGAGCGGUCUCGCCCGGACCUUCGGGAGGGCUGCUUUUGCCCGACCUACCUCCGUCGCUCGUCGCGCCCUCCAGCCCUCUAAGAUCAAUGGAUUCCCUUCCCUGGCCCGCUUCGCCAGCACUGAGGCCGCUCAGGGCGGCAAGAUUCACCAGGUCAUUGGUGCCGUCGUCGACGUGAAGUUCGAUGGUGACAAGCUCCCUGCCAUUCUCAACGCCAUUGAGACCGAGAACAAUGGCCAGAAGCUUGUGCUUGAGGUCUCUCAACACUUGGGAGAGAACGUCGUCCGUACUAUUGCUAUGGACGGUACUGAGGGUCUGACCCGUGGUGCCGCUGCCCGCGACACUGGUUCCCCCAUCAAGAUCCCCGUCGGUCCUGCCACCCUCGGCCGUAUCGUCAACGUCACUGGUGACCCCAUUGACGAGCGUGGCCCCGUCAAGGCCGUCAAGUACGCCCCCAUCCACGCUGAGCCCCCCGAGUUCAUCGAGCAGUCCACCGAGGCCGAGAUUCUCGUCACCGGUAUCAAGGUCGUCGACCUGCUCGCCCCCUACGCUCGUGGUGGUAAGAUUGGUCUCUUCGGUGGUGCCGGUGUCGGUAAGACCGUGUUCAUCCAGGAGUUGAUUAACAACAUUGCCAAGGCCCACGGUGGUUACUCCGUCUUCACCGGUGUCGGUGAGCGUACUCGUGAGGGUAACGAUCUGUACCACGAAAUGCAGGAGACCGGUGUCAUCCAGCUCGAUGGCGAGUCCAAGGUGUCCCUUGUGUUCGGUCAGAUGAACGAGCCCCCCGGUGCCCGUGCCCGUGUCGCCCUUACCGGUCUGACCAUUGCCGAGUACUUCCGUGACGAGGAGGGUCAGGAUGUGCUGCUCUUCAUUGACAACAUUUUCCGUUUCACCCAGGCCGGUUCUGAGGUGUCUGCCCUGCUGGGUCGUAUCCCCUCUGCCGUCGGUUACCAGCCCACCCUGGCCAUCGACAUGGGUGGUAUGCAGGAGCGUAUCACCACCACCACCAAGGGUUCCAUCACCUCCGUCCAGGCCGUCUACGUGCCCGCUGACGAUCUGACUGAUCCCGCCCCCGCCACCACCUUCGCUCACUUGGACGCCACCACUGUGUUGUCCCGUGGUAUCUCCGAGUUGGGUAUCUACCCUGCCGUCGACCCUCUGGACUCCAAGUCCCGUAUGCUCGACACCCGUAUCGUCGGUGAGGAGCACUACAACACCGCCACCCGCGUCCAGCAGAUGCUCCAGGAGUACAAGUCCCUCCAGGAUAUCAUUGCCAUUCUCGGUAUGGACGAACUUUCCGAGGCCGACAAGCUCACCGUCGAGCGUGCCCGUAAGCUGCAGCGUUUCCUGUCCCAGCCUUUCACCGUCGCCCAGGUCUUCACUGGUAUCGAGGGUCAGCUGGUCGACCUGAAGGACACCAUCAACAGCUUCAAGGCCAUCAUCAACGGUGAGGGUGACGACCUUCCCGAGUCCGCUUUCUACAUGGUUGGCAACUUCGCCUCCGCCCGCGCCAAGGGUGAGAAGCUUCUGGCUGAGCUUGAGGGCCAGUAAAUGUAAUAUUGUUUUUGAGCGCCCUUUCUUUUUUGUUCCCUUUUUUUCCGUGUUAGAAUAUGGACUACCUCUUUUUUUCUUUGAAAUGUUCCGUUUUCGAAUCGAUACGUGUACAGUACUCGAAUAAAGAAAAAGGGAAGUCGAAAGAAGAAAGGUUCUCCCUUCUAUAAAGAAAGAAAGGUGAAACUGGAAAAAAAAGAGCACUGAUUACUCUCUCACACCAACCUCUUUUUUUAAGUCUGGAUGGGAACUGGUGGUUGGUGGUAGGAUGGAACACGACUACUGCUUCAUCUCUCCCUGUCCGGGCUUGUGUUACACUACCUAUGUGCUCAUGUAAGUAAGUCAAAAUGACCACAGUCAGCCUGAUACCCUGGGGCUGGGACAAUUGUAUUCAUUUCUUUUGUUGCA